GUCCACUCCAUCUUAUCCGUCCAAUAAGAAAUAAAAAAGAUCCAGCCCGAUUGAAGAAAUUCCCCUCCAUUUCCUGGCUCAGCCCGCCGGUCCCCCGGGGGAAGCAACCGCCCGCAGCCACUCACCGGCGACCGACGCGGCCACGCACGCAACACAGUCGCACAGCGCGAGCCCGCCCAAUGGCUGCGUCCCUCCGCUCGCCGCCUCCGGUCCCCGCCGCCUUUCGCCGUUCCCGCGCCGUCGUCCGCGCCUCCUCCUCGUCGUCGUCUUCCACCGUCUCCUCCUCGUCGUCCGCCCCCAAGGCGCGGUUCGUCGCGCGCCGCUCCGAGUCUGUCUCCGUCCAGCAGCUAGCUCGCCCACUCGCGGAGUACAUGAGCUUGCCGGCGAGCCAGUACUCGGUGCUGGACGCGGAGCGCAUCGAGCGCGUCGACGACUCCACCUUCCGAUGCUACGUAUACCGCUUCCGCUUCUUCGCGCUCGAGGUCUGCCCCGUCCUCCUUGUCCGCGUCGACGAGGAACCCAGCGGCUGCUGCAUUCGCCUCCUUUCCUGUAAGCUGGAGGGAUCGCCACUUGUGGAGGCGCAGAAUGAUAAGUUCUCAGCUUCCAUGGUGAAUAGGGUUUUCUGCAGCAGCACUUUGCAAGAUUCAACUGUUCAACAGCUUACAUCAGAUACUACAAUAGAGGUUGCAAUCGAUAUACCAUUUCCAUUUCGAGCAAUACCAGUUACAGCCAUUGAAUCAAGCGGCAGACAAGUGCUUGAACAGUUACUCGGAGUCAUGCUUCCAAGAUUUCUGAAGCAGCUUGUUGAGGACUACCAAGCUUGGGCUUCUGGUGAUUCUUCAAGGAAACCGCUUGGCACUGGCAAAAUAUGAAGCUCCCCAGUGCCUCCACUAGGCAUGAUAGUUUAUUUGUUGAAUUCAGUUAUCACCACCUUAUGUUGUAUAGCAAUCCUGCUCCUGCCUGAACGUCAUCCACUUACUACCACAGUGUUGUAUGCUCAACUUGUUGAAAUUAGCCAUUGCCGUUUUCUAUUGCAGCUCUUCAGUUACCCGAUCCAUUUCCUUCUCGCCGGUCUUGGCCUGAAGAUUGUAAAUGGAGCAUUCGCAAUGGAGAUCAUAGUAUAUGAACAAUGAACUGUCAUUUGCGCCCACAUACUUUCUUAGGCGAGAA